GUAAAGUAUUUUUCACCUGGCAGUUUGGAAGCAGAGCUUUCAAAGGACAUGAAAAUGCACCGAGUCACAGCAGUCAUCAUCUUGCUGGUUGCCAUCUCCACUGCUGCUGCAGCACAAUGGGGGAGAGUCUGCUCAGGUCAAUCCUCCAACAGAAUCAGAGGCUGUGACUCCCAUGGCUGUGGCAGAUACAAUGCUCCCAGAGGCUCAAGGAAGCACAAGGGAGUGGACGUGGUGUGCACGGACGGCUCGGAGGUGUACGCACCCUUCACGGGCACCAUUGACAAACAAGCCAAGCCCUACGGAAACGGCAACGCCAUCGAUGAUGGAGUCCAACUCUCAGGAUCAGGAUUCUGCAUUAAGAUGUUUUACAUCAAACCCAUCAAGUACAGAGGCUCCAUCAAGAAAGGAGAGAAAAUCGGUGUCCUGCUACCCAUGCAAAGGGUCUACAGAGGAAUCAUCUCCCAUGUCCACAUCCAGAACUGCGACUUAUCAGACCCUACUUCCAACCUGUAAAUGGGUGACUGCACCUCGGGGGCAAAGGCUUCAACCCCACUCUGUAUUCAUUACAUCUCUUAGGCACUGCUAGGCACUGUAGUAAAGCAGAAGCCACCAUCCUUCAAACAGCUGUUCCACCUAAAAUGUAUCCCUGACCAAAAUGAUGGUUAUUUGAAGAUGAAGGGACCCAAAGUGAGGCAGAGCACACACUUCAAAGCUGCUAUCACAUCCUGCAGAGCACUAAGCUUGUACAUGAUGGCUGAAGCUGCAGGGAA